AUGAGUCAAGAUCGAAAUAUCCACAAUGCAUCUAAUCCACCAUACGAAAAUUACCAACCUUCUAUGACUCAAGAACCGACUGGGUAUAUGCCGUAUCCACCUCGACCCGGUAGUGGCAAUGGUCAAAAUGAAAUGCCAUUUCAAGUACCUCCUGUCUUACCACGUCCAGGCUUUGUUAAAGAUGAUGCACAAAGUGGAGGUCAAUGGGGAGAUUUUAGUGGUCUUGAAAGCAAAGAAAUUCGCCGUGUAUUUAUCCGAAAGGUUUAUUUAAUUCUUAUGAUUCAAUUAUCAAUUACAUUUGGUCUUAUUGCAUUAUUUCAUUUUACACCACCGAUUCGUGAAUACGUGCAAAGUUCAAAUGGUAGAUGGCUUUAUUUUGCAUCAUAUGCUGUUUUUCUGGUUACUUAUCUUGCAUUGAUUUGUUCGAAACGUGCAGCACGAAAAUUUCCACUUAAUAUUAUUUUACUCGGCAUUUUGACAUUAUCAAUGGGUUAUAUGAUGGGUAUGAUUUCAGCAUAUUAUAAAAUUGAAUCAGUUUUAAUUGCUGUUGGUAUAACAGCAUUUGUUUGUUUUGGUGUUACAUUAUUUUCGUUUCAAACAAAAUAUGAUUUUACAUCAUGCUUUGGAGUUUUAUUUGUUAUUUCAUUGGCACUUUUAGCCUUUGGAAUUGUUUGUGCUUUUACUUAUUCAAGAAUAUUGUAUACAGUCUAUGCUGGUCUUGGAGCUGUGGCUUUUUCGAUUUUCUUGGCUGUUGAUACACAAUUAAUUAUGGGUGGAAAACAACACGAAAUAAGUGCUGAAGAUCAUGUUUUUGCAUCACUUAUGCUUUAUAUUGAUAUUGUUUAUAUAUUUUUAUUUAUUCUCAGUUUAUUCGGUAAUCGGGAAUGA